CUAAUACGGUAUGUGAUCUGGGUUUUUGGACGAUGCAACCUUUGACAUGAAAUUUUGUUACAUCACUUAUCAAUGCACAGAGCGAUAUCAUUAAAACAUGUAUACAUGAGUAUCAAUAAUUAUGAGAGGUUCCAAUGUCUGUCUAUGGCACUGUCGGAAUUUCUUUUUCUGUUCGAAGUUCAAAGCCAAACUGAUUGGUUACAAUUCCAUUUGGCCAUGCAACGUCUCACAGACCUAACCUCUUUAUUUCUGUUGAGCUGUUAAGGUGGUGCUUUAUUUCUGUUGAGCUGUUAAGGUGGUGCUUUAUUUCUGUUGAGCUGUUUAGGUGGUGCUUUAUUUCUGUUGAGUUGUUAAGGUGGUGCUUUAUUUCUGUUGAGUUGUUAAGGUGGUGCUUUAUUUCUGUUGAGUUGUUAAGGUGGUGCUUUAUUUCUUUUGAGCUGUUAAGUUGGUGGUUUAUUUCUGUUGAGCUGUUAAGGUGGUGCUUUUUUCUCUUGAGCUGUUAAGGUGGUGCUUAUCCCAAUCCAUCUGGUUUUAAUUUCUUCCUUCUAUGGACCAAAAUUCCGGUUCCAAGUAAUUUGAUCCUAUUAAGAGCAAUCUGGUGAUGGACCAAUCCUUAAAUGGGAUUUGUAGUUAAACACUUCUUGUAGCAAUGUCUUUUCGUAAUAAGAUCUUUUUUUUCUGGCUUGUCGGUAUAAACAAGAUAGUUAUUAGAACAAUAAUCGCACCGUUUCUGUAUUGAUUUUUCACAUACACGUACAUAAUUCAGAAGGCCAUUAUUGACUGCUGCUAAGUUUAUUUGGACUGUAAAAUUGAGAUUCUGUUAAUGAUCAAAUAUACAUAAAUUGGGUUAUGCUUUAAUGUUUUGUUGUGUGUUGAACAUGAAAAGAUCAGUGGUGAUGUAGUUGUCCCAAUAAACGCCCAUGAUCGGAAAUUAAGUAUUUACUGUGAAUGCAUUUAACCGUUGGUGUUAGGAAUGAAGAGUUUCAUGUGUCCUGCAUUUAAUGUUGUCUUUUACAAUUAGUGCCAAUUUUAUAUUAACAGAUUAAGAAAACCUAUUUUAUUGAAUAUUUUUGAAAAUGAUCAUUAGGGUAGAUAUGGUAGAACGUCUUGCCUGCAGAAAAGCAAUACAGCCAAAUCAAUUUUGUAGACCUUAAGGCAAAGGGUAGACUCCUGUGAAUAUUCCUAUGGGAGACAGUUUCGAACAUCAUUUGUGUAAUGUUGAAUAGAAUCACAAUAUUUUCUCACAGGUUUAAUUACCCUCAGACAAAGCACAGCUUUUUGUUCUCCUGGCUGGGGCCUUUUUCGAUCUGUUUUGUAACUGAGCAAACACCGCUAAUCAAAUCAAUGAAAUAACUAUACACUCUGAAUAAAAAUCAUUCCAUUUGGAUCGCCACUGCAGGUGAAUACUUUGCAGAGUUUUGAUCUUGUGGAGGCUUUAUGUCUGUUUAACAUAGUACAAUGCGAAACAUUUCUUGAUAUGUGGGGAAGUUGGGGUUAAUUAUUGCUUGUUUAUGAAGGAUUUAAAAACCUUGGAUUAAUCUUAGAGCGUUACAAAGGAACGUGAGUGAUAUCCCAGUGCAGUAGAGUCUACUCAGCAUGGGGAAACAGAACAGUAAGCUCAAGCCCGAGAUCCUGGCGGACCUCAGAAGUCAGACGGAAUUCAGUGAAGAUGAGCUUCAGGAGUGGUACAAAGGCUUCAUAAAAGACUGUCCCAGCGGCCAUCUCUCGGUCGAGGAGUUCAAGAAAAUCUACGGAAAUUUCUUCCCUUACGGUGAUGCAUCGAAGUUUGCUGAGCAUGUGUUUCGGACUUUCGAUCAGAACGGUGAUGGUACUAUAGACUUCCGAGAGUUUAUCUGUGCUUUAAGUGUUACAUCAAGAGGAAAGUUAGAACAAAAACUCAGAUGGGCUUUCAGCAUGUAUGAUUUGGAUGGAAAUGGAUACAUUUCAAAACAGGAGAUGUUAGAAAUUGUUACGGCUAUUUAUAAAAUGGUAGGCACAGUAAUGAAGAUGCCAGAAGAUGAGGCCACGCCCGAGAAAAGGACGGAAAAGAUUUUCCGACAGAUGGACAAGAAUCUUGACGGACAGCUGUCAUUGACAGAAUUUAUCGAAGGAGCAAAAAGCGAUCCUUCCAUUGGCUGUGAAGGUUCCUCCAUCUGUCAUAGUGUCCCCUAUUUAACAAGGACCAACAUAAUGACACUAGAAGAGGAGAAGAACACCUCCCCUAUCCCAUCUCGCAGCUACAACCCAGAGCGAGAGAAACCAAUGAUCCACCCCUGUGUAGAUCCCCCCGCCUGUGAAAGCUGUCAGAAACUUGAACUUUCUUUCUUUGACCCAGAGUGUCCAGGAUGUAGGUCGAUUCUUGAAAACCCUAACACCACAGUGCCAGAGAUUUUCUCAGUCCUUCGGCAAUGGACGCCACAAACUCAGCAGAAUCUAGAUUUACUUAUAGAUGAGAUUUUAAAACGUGGUGCUCACAUUAACGAUAGAGAUGGCCUCACCGACAUGACCUUAUUACACUAUGCAAGUAAAUCAGGGGCUGCUGGGAUAGGCGAUGCUGACCUGGCCUGUCGGAUGGUGACCAUGCUCCUGGCCCAGGGGGCCGACCCAAACAUCCGGUGCCGCUGGACCAAUAUGACAGCACUUCACUAUGCAGCUUAUUUUGAUGUUGUACCUGUGAUCAAAGUCCUUCUGAAGCACACAAAAGCCUUGGAUAUUGACAGUGUUUGUUCUGAGUUUGACAACGGUUCAUCGUUACACAUAGCAGCGUCCAAUCUGGCAUAUGAAGCAGUGAGGGUACUGCUACAAAAUGGUGCUGAUGCUCUCCUCAAAGAUGACCAAGGCAGAACAGCCUUAGAGUGCAUUCCUGACCCUUCAAAUUUGGAUUCUGACCCAGAAAUGGCAAAAAUAGUAGUCAAGUUACGGAAGACUUUACAGGAAGCCUGUCAGCCCGCCCCUAAACAACCACCGCCAAAUUACGACCUUGUACAGAGCAAGGUCACUCUACAGUCUCUGGGGCUGACCUUAGGGGAUAAGGUCAUGGUCGGAGGACUCAAAAUUGGAACACUGAGGUAUUGUGGACCAGCGGAAUUUGCAGCAGGAAUCUGGGCGGGGAUAGAACUGGAUGAAGCCGGAGGGAAAAAUGAUGGAAGCAUCGGGGGCAUCUCUUACUUCCAGUGUCCUAAAAAUCAUGGUAUUUUUGCCCCUAUCAGCAAAAUCGCCAAACCUGGGUCAGCCCCUCGUCCACGGUCUCCUGCUGUCUCUCCCCACAAGUCUCCGGUUCAGAGGGCAGGGUCCGUGGAUGUGUCAAAUAUCAAGGCCAGAGUGGAUACAGGGCUGAAGACAAAAACCGGCUCCAUAUCUAACCUGGCCGAGAUGGAGGUGGGGGAGCGAGUGAUUGUAGCAGGGCAGCGGAAGGGCACUAUCAGAUUUGCGGGAAACACACAGUUUGCACCUGGUACUUGGUAUGGUAUCGAGUUAGACAGACCUGCUGGCAAAAAUGAUGGAUCUGUUAACGGACAUAGAUACUUCACCUGUAAAGCUAAACAUGGAGUGUUUGCUCCCUUAUCAAGAAUACAAAAACUGGGAGACAGACGAUUCAGCUCCAGCGAGUCCCUAGAUGACCCCAUCAGUUGGGGGGCUGUCUCAGAAAGGGUCGACAAACAUCAUUCUGGAGUUAACUCGACACCAGGAAGAGCAAGAACUCCAAUUAAAAGGCCUAAGAGUAUGAUACAAACACCAACAAGACCUGUCUCCUCACAGAGUAUCUCGAGAACUCCUGGAUCCAUCAACGACUUCAAGCUAGAAGUGGGAAUGAGCGUCUUCUGUAAUAAUGAGCUAGGUACUGUUAGAUAUAUCGGUCCAGCGGAGUUCGGUGAAGGAGUUUGGGUGGGUGUGGAACUAAGAACUGCCAAAGGAAAGAACGACGGUAGUGUACACGACAAGCGAUAUUUCACGUGUCGUCAGGACCACGGACUGCUCGUCAGACCCAGCAAAAUUACCGUAAGAGGAAUCAAUGGUGCCAAAUUAAUUACAGACUAUUACGGAUCAAAAGAAUCCAGUCCAAUGGAGGACAAGUGAAUAUCUACCUACAACUGUUUAUAGGAGGACCAACUAUCAAGCCCUCAACCCCUCAUCAAGCCUGUGAUUAAAGAUGCCAUAAGUCAUUAUGUCCGUUUCACACCACCAUAUUUUUGUUAAUAUAUUUUACUGGAAAAAAACAUUGCAAGUUUUUUUUCAGUGAUUUUUUUUAAACUUUUUAAAUAAUUCUGGUUGGAGUAAAUUUUUUACUGUUAUUCAUCAACAGAUGCUGUUGAUUAGGAUAUUAUGUCUCUUGUAUUACAGUUUGGGGCACCUGAUCUCCAUGUCACUAUAUAUCAUUGUUAACAUUGCUGUUAUUUUUAUGGUGAUGUACGAUCAUAAUAAGCUUUUAUUUUUUGUACUUCAUAUUACUCAAUGUGUCAAAAAGUUAUUUAAUGGGAUCCAUUAUGCAAAUCAAAGUUGUUAAUAUUUUAUGCAAGAAAUAAAUAUUUCAAGCUUAA